CACGAGAUUGGAAGAAACACGCACACACUCGUACACUCACCUACACACACUGAGACACUUUGGAUGGACUGAGAAACAGAUUGCAGACAUUGUUGAAGGAAGUCCGGAAGUGGACACGAGAACAAGCAAAAAAAAAAAACCAAACAAACAAAAAAAAAAACAUUAGCAGAGGUUUGACUUCUUGAGGCUCCAGGAUACUUUGCGCGUUUUUUCCUCGGCUAAGAAACACGCAGAGACAUCAGGUGCAGACAUGCAACACUACGGCGUGAACGGGUAUUCCCUCCAUGCCAUGAACUCGCUGAGCGCCAUGUACAACCUCCACCAGCAGGCGGCUCAGCAGGCCCAGCACGCACCCGACUACCGGCCGUCCGUCCACGCACUCACGCUCGCAGAGAGGCUGGCUGACAUUAUCCUUGAGGCUCGUUACGGCUCUCAGCAUCGUAAGCAGCGCCGGAGUCGCACGGCCUUCACCGCACAGCAGCUCGAAGCUCUGGAGAAAACCUUCCAGAAGACGCACUACCCAGAUGUAGUGAUGCGUGAGCGGCUGGCCAUGUGCACCAACCUGCCCGAGGCGCGAGUUCAGGUGUGGUUUAAGAACCGGCGGGCGAAGUUCCGCAAGAAGCAGCGCAGCCUGCAGAAGGAGCAGCUCCAGAAGCAGAAGGAUGCCUCACCUGAAGCCAGCGAUAAAAGCGACCCUCCCUCUACCGUCAACCUGGAGAACCCGCUUCCUCCUUCGUCCACAUCCUCUUCCUCCUCCAUCGAGGCCGAGGGUCCUUCGGAGCUGAGCGUGGAGCUAAACGUCACCUCGGCCGAGCAGUCUGGGAGCGAGUCGGCCACGGAGGACAACGCAACCGACAGGGAAGAAGAGUUAAAGAUUCAUCAGGACGACAUCAAGGUGGACAAAUCCGGGAGUCUGUCCCCUCCCUGUAAACGUCUCAGCCCCAAACCAGAUUCACCCCUCGGCUCGCCGGCCAUCACAUCCGGGGCUAACGGCAUGACCGGAGGCAUCUCUCAGAGCCAUUCGUACUCGUCGUCGCCGCUGAGCCUCUUCCGCCUUCAGGAGCAGUUCCGCCAGCACAUGGCGGCUACUAACAGCUUGGUGCACUACCCGUCAUUUGACAUGGCCGCCCCGUCCUCCCUGCCUUACCUGGGCAUGAACGUGAGCGUCCCGGCGCCGCUGGGUUCGCUGCCCUGCCAGUCGUAUUACCAGUCCCUGUCCCAGCACGCGCAGCAGGUGUGGAGCGGUCCUCUGCUGCAGGCGUCCGCUGCGCUGCCCGGCCACAACAGCAAGACCAGCAGCAUUGAGAACCUGCGGCUACGCGCCAAGCAACACGCCGCCUCACUCGGCCUCGACACCAUGCCCAACUAAUCACUAACUGCCACAAAACAGGACACGCUCGGCUGAACGAAACCAUCCACAUGGAUCCUCAAAGACUGUCAUUUCUGGGAAUUUUUGUAUUUAAGUUUUUCAAAUGGAAAAAGACACAUUUACUCUGAUUUCUGGACUAGAAGUUACACCUUAGGAGAAGACACAAUAACCUUAACCAUGACACUGUAUAGGAGGACAUUUUAUUUUCAUAUAAGGCUAAUAGGGCAGAAUUCUAACAAACUGUUUCACUGGAUAUGUAAGCAAAAAAAGCACCUUAUAGUCCAGAAAAAAUGGUAAAUGUGAUUUGAACCACAAUCUGCUUACGAUCCUAAUGCUUUUUAAUUUUUUUAACUCGUUACCGCAAACCUGCUUAAUUGUAGCACUUUUUCCAGAAAAGCAUGGCGUCCUGUGGGCUCGCCGGUCGUCCCAAUUCAAUUAGUCAAGUGCUCGAAUUACACAUUACAUAAUAAUUCCGUACGUAACGUGUUCGCUAAAAUGGCUGCCAUGUAAAACCAGAUUGCUUAAUUAAAUCUGACUAAUUCACCUGUUUUAUGGGCAGCGUUUAAACCGUGUUAAACCGCAAAUGGCCGGAUAAUUAGAACAUAAUUUUGACGACUCCAUAUGCAAGGCUUUUAAUUACAUUUAGCCUUGGGCUGAGGAAAGGAAUGCAAUUACACUCCAUGCAAAUCAUUUCACAUCGCUGUAUAGCUAACGCUCCAAGGGGAAAAUAAUUGCAACCGAAGGAAAAUUCCUGUUUUUUCCCCCCUCCAGUGCAUGUUAGCAAUGCGGUGCGAUUAGCCGAGACGGUGGAUGCAAAUUAAAUACAUUAAAACACGCUAUGAUUUAUUUUUUAUUUUCUUCUCCUGUGUUGUUAAAGUGACACCCAUUAAUACACAGAAUUUUUGUCUUUCAUUUAGGGAAAAAUAAAUUAAAAAAUAUACAAAGCUCCAAGCACUUCCAUACACAGGAAGUCCGUACAGAAAGCACUUCCUCUUCUCGCCGUGUCUGUAAACUGUUUUGCUCUGUAAAUUACACAAAGUCUUUUAUCUAUAAAUGUUUACCAGUAAGGAAAAUGUAAAAAGUUUUAUGUUUUAGAUGGAGAAGCCUCCUGCCUCCCGUGAUGAUUCUCGUAGCUGUCCGUUGUUGAGAUUUGUACGAGGCGGACGCUAUAUUUAACCUUUAACAGU